GGCCGGGGCCGGGAUCACGGCCGGGCCGGGCCGGGCCGAGCCGGGCGGGGCGAUGGGAGCCCACGGGAGCCCGAGCGGGGACCGCGACGGCCGGCGCCGCCCCGCCGCCGAGGCCACCGCCCGUUAGCGAGGCGCCAGGCCCGAGCCGGGCCCGCAGAGCUGACAUGGAGGAGCUGAUAGAGGAUGACAUCUGUAUUUUGAACCAUGAGAAAGCAGACAACAGUCAUAAGAGAGACGGGGAGAUUCCUGUUUCAGCUUAUAGUGGAGAUGAGUCUGUUGCCUCCCACUUUGCCCUUGUCACCGCAUAUGAAGACAUCAAGAAGCGGCUAAAGGAGACAGAGAAGGAGAACUCCGUUUUAAAGAAAAGAGUGAGAAUUUUAGAGGAGAAGCUGCGUGGCUCCCGAGUGGAGGAAGAACGUAGUUCAGUUGGCCGUGAGCAAGUAAAUAAGGCAUACCAAGCCUAUCGGGAAGCCUGCAUCGACCGAGAUAAUCUGAAAAGCAAACUGGAUAAAAUAACAAAAGAAACUGCAGAAUCCUUGAAAGCCUUGAAUGAACAGUUGCAGUCUAAAGAAGUAGAGCUUUUGCAACUAAAAACUGAAGUGGAAACUCAACAAGUUAUGAGAAACCUGAAUUGCAAUCAGUCCAGCUGGGAAAUAGAGAAGCUGAACAGUGACCUGAAAGUGCAUAGUCUGGAACAGGAUCUAGAAAACCUCAAGCAAGAGUGCAGUAGUCUCAGAAAGGAAUUGCAAAAAUCUAAGCAGAAGGACCAGGCCCAAGAUGAAAACCCAUUAAAUGGAGACCACCUCCAAAGGCAAGACAUUCAGAGUGUGCAACAAGCAUAUUGGGAUCUGAAGAGAGAAAUGUCUAAUUUGCAGCUAGUGACUGAAGUGCAAGCUGAGGUUCUACGAAAACUGAAAACAAUCUCAACACCGACCAAGAAAGCUGCCUCUUCUGCACCAGUACAAUGUGUUGACUUGAAGAAUGUUCCGAAGUUGAACUUGACAUCUGGGGUAGUCUAUAAAAAACUCUCACAAAAUGAUCAAGGACUGUGCAAUGCUGUACCUCCCCCUCUGCUGAGAGAUGGGAAAAUCCCAUCUGAAAGAGUGACUCUGCAAGCAUGGACAGAUGAGAGACCCAUUCCAGUUGAUGGUAAAACGUUCCAGGAACACCACUCAUAUGGAAAGAGUUCUCUGGAAGAUAAUUCCUGGGUAUUCCCAAGUCCUCCAAAACCUAACGAGAAUGUGUUUUGGGAAAUGAAAAAUAAAACAACUUUGUUAAACUGUCCAGCAGAUUACCUGGAUCAGUGUAAUCAGAACUGUCUGCACAAGAGCUAAGCAAUUUUUAGAAUGAACUGAGGCGUUCUAGAAUGAUUCUGAAUAGGCACCUUACUGCUUGAACUCUUAAAGAGGUAAACAAAUGGGUUGAAAUGUGUUUUGUUUUGUUUUUGUUUUUAAUUCUAUUUCCAAAACAGAAAGCCUAGUCUUCCUCUGCUGUACAUCGGGAGAAGUUAAAGCUGCGAUGGCAUACUGUGAACGAAUCUAGCACGGGGCCUAGAUAGUCUUGUCUUGCAAAUGGCAUACAUUUCCAAAAGAUUACAGUGGAAAGUUAGUUCUUGGAAUAAAACAAAAUAAUCCAGUUCUGUAUUUGUUUGCUAUUUGUAUGUUAUCAAGCACUUGGUGUCACGUUCAAACUUGUUACAGCUCUGAGCUUAGUUUUGACAGCAUUUUUUCUCAGAUUAAGGCAUAAAAUGAAGAUUGGAUUCUCUCUUCCUCUCUCCUUACAAUUAACUUUGAUUCCUGUGGUUUAGAAAUACAUUUUUAUAUGAUUUUUUAUAAGAAAGGUGAGAUUUUUGUCAAAAUUUUGAUUUGUAUUAGAUAAUGGCAAGGGAGAAAUCACUCCUACGCUAUCUUGUUCAGAUUGCACCAUUUUGGGCCUUACUGUGGAUUUAAAAGGAUCAUAAGUAAUGCUGCUGAACCCAGUGGAUCGUAGAUCUUGAGCCUGUUUCCCUCAGUUUAUGCUGCAGGAAACAGACUUCAUUCUAGGCACAGCGGUGCCUGCCGCAGAAUCGUCCUUUUCACAGUGCAGUUAUCCUUACUGUGCCUCCUUUGCACAUCACCAGAACCUUGACUUUUUAUUUGUGUGGUUGUUCAGGCUAAUAACUUUUAUUAAAGAAACAAAGCCUUAAUUUAAUUGGACUGGGUGUUGAUACACAGAGGAAUUUUUGUGGUAUCUUUAGUGUAGUCCAUUGAGAGCUGAAGUUACUCAAAUUGUGACUGCCUGCUUUGUAGAUGAUGGGUGUCCAAGUCCUACUUUACCUUUUUUUCUCCUCUUAAGGCCACGAACUGUUUUUAGACAAAUACAAUUAUGCCUAGUUUUUUUAAGACUGCUCUGCUUCUUAUCUGGCUUAAUACAACAGGGUUAAGUGAAAUGCCUUGACUGCUCAAUACUUGGAAGGAAAAUGCUUUGUAUUUUAGAUCCAUGAUACUUGUAAUGGGUGGGAAGAUCCUUAAUUCUAAAGAUGUUAUGUACAGAUGUGUGUGUGGGGGUGAAGUAUUCAACUCCGCAGGUCCUGCUUGGGAUCAGUGUAAUAAAAAAUGAAUUUCACAGCUGUUUAGUAGCAAAUUAUCUUAAAAUUGCUUGCAAAUACGUGGGGAGGCUAUGGCUGUAGGAUAACCCCUCUAAUGAUGGGUGUUACUUAGCCAAGGCACUACAAGAUCUGUGUGGUUCCAGGCACUUUUUUCCCCGUGGAAUAAGUGCUUCAUGUGAUGCCCAUCUUCUCCUGUUUCAGUUUGUCUAGCAAAGUUGAAAGAAUGCCUCUCGGAUACCUUCUAUUGUAUUAGUGAACAGCAUACAUAAAUAAUGUUUCCCAUUCACCCGAUAGAGUUUUUUAUCUUUCUAUUAUCUUGCUCACGUAUAGUGGCUUGUCUGUGAUUAAUGGAAAUGGUGUCAGAUGCUGGAAUUUAUUCUGACCAAUGAACACAGCUGACUCAGGGGAGUACAAUCUCUUGGAAAGUAAUAGAACAAAACCCAAUAUGCAUAAAACAAAUCCAAGUCACUAGGCUUUAGCUGAUAGAACCAACUACCUGUGUAAUAACAAAGCAGCAGGAAGCAUUUCUCAUGUGGCUGCAUAAACUAUACGGUAUCUAGUUUAAAGUAGCUUACUUCUUGGGGCUCCCCACUCCAUCCUUACAGAGAUGAUUUUAUUUUUUAAGUAUAUUAUUCAGCAGCCAUCCGCAUGAUUAAUACUUUGAUUUGUGCAAUGAAGGAAUUCUACUGUGUAAGAUUUUAAAUAAAUUAUUUUUGUUUGAAA